AUGUGCUAAUUGUGCUCAUUGAUACUGGAGGUGGCGGCGUUGGCAGCGCCACUUUGUGACGGGUGCUUCGUGCUGGGAUUCUGCACUGUCCCGCCGCGGCAACGGCGGCCCGAGGAACGCAAUGCCUCGCCCUCCUUGCCCUCUCCCAGGCCCACGAACGGAGCCGUGAGCCGGGCCACAGUGUCAGGGGACGCAUGCCAAGCCUUCGUUAUUGAGGAGAAACUCAAAGUCCCUUUAAUAUAUAUGUGGGGGAAAAAACAAAAAUGCAAAUGCAAGCUUUUGUUUUGGAGUUACCAACCACAAUCAAGGAGUCGACAUGUGGUGCCCUUUCUGCCUCAUAUUAAAGUAUCGUUUUGAUGGGGAAUGUGGCAGUGGCUGGUGCAACCUGAUGCAGACCAGACUGAACCGUGACAUGCGUCGUGCAUUCGUGGCUCCCGGAACUCAAGGGGUGUCUGCAAUGUUCUGAUCUGGUGGUUGUGCUUUCCUCCAAAUCAACGGAAGAUCGGUCACCAAGGCAGCAGUUGCCUUUUGUCUACAUGCAAGCAUGACAUUUCUCGCUUAACCUGACUGAGGAAGCAUUUGGCAGGAAGGAGCUUCUAUCACUUUAGUUUUCGUCGACAUCUUGGAGCAAUCAAGCAAAUUAAGGACGGCCGACCCUCCAGCUUCUCGGGUCAGAUAACCAACCAAUCAAAUCCGACAUAAUGACUAUUCAUGCCAACUUAGAAUAAUAUUAUUAAAAACCAAGCGAAAGCACUCCGGACGUCUUCAAAUGCAGUAUGUUGGGACUUCUGUGAAAGAAAGAUUUUUAUACGUCUACAACCAAAAAGCACUGGCAGAGAUUUCAACCUUCAAGUGAAGGAGAGACACGGUGAAAACUUUUUGUUUCCACCCACUGCGGACCUGGAUGUGUUUUUUAGACUAUUUCAAGGCAGGGGAGAUAUGUCGAUGCUUCCAACGUUUGGUUUUACUCAAGAGCAAGUGGCGUGCGUGUGCGAGGUCCUUCAACAAGGGGGUAACAUCGAGCGGCUCGGCCGCUUCCUGUGGUCAUUACCAGCCUGCGAGCAUCUGCAUAAAAACGAGAGCGUUCUCAAAGCAAAGGCCGUGGUGGCUUUCCACCGGGGUAACUUCCGCGAACUCUACAAGAUCCUGGAGAGUCAUCAGUUCUCUCCGCACAACCAUCCCAAGCUGCAGCAGCUGUGGUUAAAGGCUCACUACAUCGAAGCCGAAAAGUUGCGGGGGCGGCCGCUGGGGGCCGUGGGCAAGUACCGCGUCCGGCGCAAGUUCCCACUGCCGCGCUCUAUCUGGGACGGCGAGGAGACCAGCUAUUGCUUUAAGGAGAAGUCGCGCAGCGUCCUGCGGGAAUGGUAUGCGCACAACCCCUACCCUUCUCCUCGGGAAAAGAGGGAAUUGGCCGAAGCCACCGGCCUCACCACCACACAGGUUAGCAACUGGUUCAAGAACAGGAGACAGAGGGACCGGGCCGCCGAAGCCAAGGAAAGGUACGAAGAAAACAGCGAGAACUCGAAUUCAAACGUCACGCCCGGCGGCCACAACCAAAUGAAUCCUUCAAUGAAUGGGAACAAAAACAUGCUAGCGAGUUCGGACGAGGAAAAGACUCCAUCCCAGACGCCAGAUCACACUUCCAGCAGCCCCGCGCUGUUGUUGGGAUCCCUGGGCCAAAGUUCCAACUCCAGCAUGCAGCCACUGCACUCUCUGGCCGCGCCCCCGGGUCCUAGUGCCGUUGCGGUACCCAACUCAGAUGUUAUACACCAUCACGCUUUACAAGACUCCAUGCUCAAUCCCAUGUCAUCCAAUUUGGUUGACCUUGGCUCGUAAACAAAAAUCGCAAAUCCUUUUAUCUUCGAACAAGUAAAGACUCUCAAGAUUAUCCUUUAUAUAUUUUACUUGACAUUUAAGCGAUGUGCAUAAAAAACUAGCGGAUAUUUUGUCAACCAUGGGAAAGAAUGAUGGAUAUAGCAAUUGGAGUUUUAAGGUACUGUAUUAGAUCACAUAAGAGAUUGGCGCAGCAAAGUCUUAAGGUUUUUAUAUAAUGUACGAUGAUUUGUGUAGACAGACACGUUUUUAUUUUGCUGGUCACAAGUUCACAAUCUCGAAUUCUUGCUCCCACUUAAAAUUACACCACAUAUCUAUAUAUCCAGGUAACAAGAGUGAAUAGGUUUGUAAUCGCGUGCAAAGCGAACAUUUUAAGUUUUGAUAAAAAUUAAAAAAAAUACACGCUGUAGGAAGAUCAUUUACCUGUAGGUGAAACCUGUGCAGAAAGCUGGCUUUCCUGUAGUAAGAUGCGUGGAACGUGUAAUCGCAGCUAUAUUGGACUGAAACAGUCAGUUAAAAUAAGCAAGCAUUAUGAAUUAUAUCGGUCUACAAGAAGGAAUACUCACGCGCUGGAUAACAAUUGUUUUAUUACUGUUUAUAUUAUAAUUGACUACAAUCUUGGGGGGAGGGGGAAAUCCUGCUUAUUUUAUAAUAAAAACAAGACAAUCUAA